AUGCACUCGGGCUCUGUCUUCUUGCUUGACGUGAUAUCGCUUGCGGUCGACAGUUUAGAGCGCCUCAACUCCGUACCCGAACGUGCUCGUAUCGUGGUCCACACUGAACGCGCCGGUAGCGAAGCCGUCACGGCUGCAAAGGGUUUCAAGCUCGUUGUGACGAUGAACCCGGGUGGCAACGCACGAAGGAACUCAACCCCGCUUUGCGCAUCCGAUUCACGUCUUCUUGGUCUCCGUGAUAUACUGGCCGGGGUCUCGUUCUCGACCUCUAUAGUUACCGCAAAGGUUGAAAUUAUCUACCCUGAGGUCGCGCGCGAGAAUGUUUGCAAGCUCGAGGCGUACGUCGAGGAGGUGUCGAACACCGACAACGUUGUCACUGACGCGAUAAACAUGGAGAAGAUCCAGGAGGACGUGCUCAAGGUAUGGAACGUAUUCAAGACGCAGCCGGAGAUCUCCGAGGAGCAGAAGAGCAAGAUUAAGGACCUCUACGCUAGCGUUCCUCGUACGCGCCGCGCAUCGUUACAGUUCCUGCGUCCGCACGUUGCGAACGAUGCCCCUGUAGCCGCUGAGAAGGUCCCACUCCUGCAUUUCAAACGCAAGGUCGGCGCCAACUGGAAGUAUUCUUCAAACCUCACGGGUGUCUACCUCGGCGUCCUGCACGAGGUCGCGACUCCGGGUUCAAUUGGUGUGGAGAUCUUGAAGGGUUUGCUGUCGGGCGGUGCGCACGUUGUCAUCACUACUUCCCGCUAUAGCCGCCCGUCCGUCGAGUACUACCAGGGGAUCUUCCAGCGCUUCGGCUUGCGCGGCUCCGCCCUCACUGUGGUACCGUUCAAUCAGGGCUCAAAGCAGGACGUUGAGGCCGUUGUCAACUACAUCUACGGCACUCUCGGCCUCGAUCUGGACUACAUUCUGCCCUUCGCCGGUGCGCCCAAGAACGGCCGUGAGAUCGACGGACUCGACGAUAAGUCUGAGCUUGCGCACCGCAUCAUGCCGAUUAACCUCAAGACCAUCUCGCAACUUCGUCAUGCGCCCGACGCAGGUCAUCCGUCCGCUUUCGCCCAACCACGGACUCUCUGGCAACGACGGCUUGUACUCAGAGUCGAAGAUCUCACUUGUGACCUUGUUCAACCGCUGGAACUCGGCGAAUACCUUGGCUUCGCUGGCGCUGUCAUCGUUUACUCAUCUCUUCGCUCUCUCCUGCUUACAUAUAUUUAA